UUAUAAUAACCACUUUUAUAUUUCCCUCUAUUUUCCAUUUUCCCUCCAAAAGAGGAUAUAAUGCGACGUUGUGAUCUGUAUGUGAAUUUAUGAUUUAGGGUCCUCUUGAGCAAAUGGAUAAAACAUUAUUGCAUGCUCAGUUAAAGGAAAUCUUUCCACAAGUUGAACAAAAUGUUAUUGAUAGGACAAUUGUGGAUGCAAUGGCAGCCAAGGCCGUUGAUGUUUUGUCGUACUGUAUUGACGCCAUCCUUGCUAGUCAAAUUAAUCAUGGAAAAAAGGAUGGCGAAAAAUAUGGAAAUCCUGAUAUCAUUUAUAUCGGAUCAGUGAAAAAAAAAACUUUGAAGGACGGUUCUAAAAAACAAAUACCUCUGAUUUAUGUAAAGGAAUCAAAAUCCACUUCCUUUUGUCAUAACUCAUCAGGACGUGGUAGUUUAGUGAAGCCUCAGAUAUUAGAUUUAACGACAGUCGAUUCUGAUCCUAUUGAAACCAAGGAGCUUGACGAAAAUCCAUCAAAAACUGUUCACAGCCAAUCAGAAACUUCCACUGUGCCUAGACAGCCUGGCUGCCUCCCUGUAAUACAAGAUUCAAUGAGAAAGUUGGAAGAAUGUUUGAACCAUAUGUCUGAAACUAUCAGUAACGGCUAUGUUGAUUUAGGAAAAUCAUUUUCUAAUGGAACACCUUGUCCACCAUCCUCUCUGGUUAAAAAUUCAGGAGAGAAAAUUCAGAUGGUAGAAAUUGACCAAACACCUUUGACUGUUGAAUCACCUUAUUCAAUGUUACAUCCAAGUCUUCAGCCAUUGCGAAUUCCUUUAAUUGAUGAUAAUAGCAAAUGGACUGAAGAGUUCGGUAAUCCUACAGCAGUAACUUCUAGAUCUUCAGUUAUUCAUUCAUUGUUAUCUAAAAAUAGUUCAACACCUCCCUUUCAUGUUGAUUCUAAUCGUAAAACAACCAUCUCCAUCAGUGGUAGUGCAACAACCAUCAGUCACACCACAACAACAACCAUCAGUGAUACUGCAACAACAACCAUCAGUGAUACUGCAACAAUUACCAGUGAUACUGCAACAAUUACCAGUGAUAAUGCAACACCCCAGCAAAUACCAAUGACUACAACAUCUGCUAUUGAAACUGAAACUUUGGCAAUGUCAACACUAGAUUUUGUCCAACAAGUUUUUCCAAAUGUCAAUGUUGUCUUUGUUCACAUGUUAUUGAAUGAUGGAAGGUCUACUAAUGAUAUUGUUAAUGCAUUGCUAGAUCGUCCAGAUAUGCAGAAUAGUGGUAAACCUCUAGUGAAACAAACCAUCAUUGAGCCAAGUGAAAUCGAUUAUUUUAACAAACUAUGCCCUGUGGAGUCUUGUUUAUAUAUAGAUCAGUGUGAAAAGAUCCUAUGUAACAACUUUAAAUCAAUAUCUGUUAAAGAUAUUAGACGUGCUAUGCGACUCUGCUGUAGUCGCUAUGCUCCUACCCAUAAAAUAUUAGAAGAUGCUCUUUUAGCAAUGAAUGAUAACAGCGAGAGCAUUACUCAGCGAGCUCGAGGUAGGAAAUUUUUCAUCACAAAACUGAUAACGGGCAAGCGUCCGUUGAAAUCAAUUGCACAACCAAUUGAACCUAACUUACAGCUAGAGUUAGAUUUUGUCAAGAAGAAACGAUUGCUGGAUGAAGAAAGGAAAAACGCCAUUAUGGCUGAGAACUUGAACAAGCAACAGUAUAUUGACGAAGGAGAAGAAAUUGAAUGUGGUUGUUGUUUUGGAGAUUUUGCAUUUGAAGACAUUGUUCAAUGCAGUGAUGGACAUCUUUUUUGCAAGGAGUGUCUUCGUGGCUAUGCCAAAGAAAUAAUAUUCGGUUCUUCGAUGGCUUCCCUCGACUUGGUAUGUAUGGGAGAUGACUGUGACCACAGAUUUCCAUACGACCAGCUGAAGAAAUGUCUCUCUGAGAAUGAAAUCGAGAAAUACCGCGAGAGGUUGCAGAAAGAUUGUCUGGAAAAGGUAGAUCUACCGAAUCUUCAUAGUUGUCCUUUUUGUGACUUUGCUGCAAUAUUACCAGAAACGGAGAGAGUGUUUUCGUGCAAGAAGUGUGAAAGGCAAUCUUGUGUUGAGUGCUCCGUGGACUGGAAAGAGCAUUUCGGGAAGAGAUGUCAUGAAAUUGAGAAGAAAUCGGAGACAAACCUUCGCGUCAGUUACGAAGAAAAAAUGACAAUGGCUAAAGUACGAAAAUGUUCAAAAUGUAACUUGAGCUUUACAAAGUCUGAUGGUUGCAAUAAAAUGACUUGCAGAUGUGGUACAACACAGUGUUACAUCUGCCGUAAAUCAUACAUUGAUUAUAAUCAUUUUUGUCGCCAUUCCAGAGAUCCAGGACAGAAAUGCACACAAUGUAAGUUUUGCUCCCUUUGGAGCGAUCCCAGUGAGGAUGAUGAAUUGGCAAUACAGCAUCUCGAACAGGAAGCUGCUGUUAAGAAAAGAAAACUUCAUGAAGAAAUGAAAUCAUCGUAUUAUAGUAAGAAAUGUAACACAUGAGAAGAAAGGAUUUGUGGGUAUUGUUUUAUUAGAAGACGUUAUAUAUUCCAUAAGAAAAUGUAUUUUAUGAAAAAUUUUGUACUAUUCUUUUGCUGUAUGUGUUUUAUGAUAAAAAUUUUAGCACGCCAAACUUAUAAAAAGACAAUUAUUAUUCGUUAAUUAACUGCUACAGUGGCUCCGUCUCACUUUCUGAUGUGUGGUGGUGAGCCUAUUGAACUGAACUAGAUCUGGAACAUUAAAUCCUAUAUUUCGCACCAUGA